AUGGCUUCCAACUUCAUGUCUCGCCUCAUGAGCUCCAACAACCCCUCCGCCUCCAUCUAUGAAACGCUUCGGGAACAAGACGAGGACUCGGAGGGCUUGGACGUUGAGGAGACAGCAGCCAUGGCUACAGACGGCGGCAAUCGAAGGGACAGCUUCGCCGACCGAGCCUCGAUCGACUUCGGAGCGCAGCGUCAUCGAAGGGACGUGCCACCACCGAGUCAGCUUGCUACCCGGGGUCAGGGCCAUAACCAGAUGCCUCGAAAAGACAAGAGCAGGAUGCAGAACAGGGCUCGGCGACAUGGCAGACACAGCAAGCUGUUGGAUGUGGAAGAGGCGGAUGACGAUGUGCCAGCGUCGCUGCUCAUCGACCACAACGCUCAGGACAUUGACCCAGACUCCAUCACCCUGCCUCCACCGCCAAGCUCCAUGCCUGAUGGUCUACCGCGGCGAGACGAUACGGGUCCCUCAAGUCUAGCUCGAGGUUCUGACAUGAGACGCCGACCUGGUCUCCCACCUAGCAGCCAGAACCCUUCGGGAGCACGGCCGAUCAGUGGGAUUGUGGGAGGCAAUCUUGCGAGCGCGGACCCCAAGGAGAAAGCCAUGUUCCGCUGGGUCAACGUGACGGAUCUGGACAACUUCCUGCUCGAAGUGUAUACCUACUACCUCCACCACGGAUUCUGGUCCACCCUCCUCAUGCGCUUCUUCAAUCUUCUCAACGUUGCGUUUAUCGUGGGCUUCUCUAUUUUUUUGACCCAAUGCAUCGACUACCGGGAAAUACGAGGGAGCACCAAAAUGUCCGAGAUCCUCGUCCCGCAAUGUACCGGACGGAUGGGAUUCAUCCCGAAUGCGCUGCUCUGGUGCACCACGUUUGUAUGGCUUUGGAAAGGCGUUCUGUACCUCUUCGACAUUCCCCGUUUGUACCACAUGCACGAUUUCUACUUCUACCUCCUCGACAUCCCGGAACAGGAGAUCCAGUCCAUAUCGUGGCAAGAGGUCGUCAGCCGGCUCAUGGCGCUACGUGACUCAAACCCGACCAUCACGUCCAAAUCGACGCGGGCCGGCGCCUUCGUCAGGACCCAGGACAAGCAGCGCAUGGAUGCCCACGACAUCGCCAACAGGCUCAUGCGCCGACAGAAUUACAUGAUCGCCAUGAUCAACAAGGACAUCCUGGACCUGACGCUACCGAUCCCGUACCUGCGCCACCGUAAGCUCUUCACCCGCACCCUGGAAUGGAACAUCGAUCUCUGCAUCAUGGAUUUUGUCUUCAACCGGAAAGGCCAAGUCCGGCCCCUCUUCCUCAAGGAUACGCACCGCAAAGACUUGGCCAAUGCCCUGCGGUCGCGCUUCAUUAUCGCCGGCAUCACCAGCCUGGCAUUUGCGCCCUUCCUCGCCACCUUUUUCGUCCUUCGGCACUUCUUCCAGAACUUCAACGACUACCAGAAGAACCCGGCCCAGAUCGGCAUGAGAGACUACACGCCCUUUGCGCAGUGGAAGUUCCGCGAGUUCAACGAGCUGCACCAUUUGUUCCGCCGGCGGAUCAACAUGUCCUACCCCUUUGCGGACCGGUACAUCAACCAGUUUCCCAAGGACAAAACUGUCCAGAUUGCGCGGUUUGUCAGUCUGGUUUCCGGGGCCGUCGUUUCGGUGCUCGGCCUGGCCACGAUUCUAGAUCAGGACAAUUUUCUCAACUUUGAGGUCACCCCCGGCCGUACGACCAUCUUCUACAUUGGCAUAUUUGGCUCUAUCUGGGCGGUGGCGCGCGGCCUGCUGCCCGAAGACAACAUGGUCUACGACACGGCCUUCUCCAUCCAGGAAGUCAUCCAAUUCACCCAUUACGAGCCGAAUCACUGGGCCAAUCGCCUCCAUACCGUCGAGGUCAAGGAGGAAUUCUCUCAGCUCUACCAGAUGAAGGUGAUGAUAUUCCUGGAGGAGGUGCUGAGCAUCUUCUUCACGCCCUUUGUGCUAUGGUUCUCUCUGCCUCGGUGCAGUGAGCGCAUCAUUGAUUUCUUCCGCGAGUUCACUGUUCAUGUCGAUGGGAUCGGCUAUGUUUGCACCUUUGCCGAGUUUAGCUUCAUGGGCCAGGCCAUCAGACCAGCUCCUAAGGAGAGAGGGGCCGUGAAUGCGGAUGGCACGACUGCUGCCACCGCGAACAACGCCAGCGCCAAUGCGAAAACCAAUACGAACACGAACCUAAGGGACGAUUACUUCGCCUCCAAAGACAACAAACUCGAGCACAGCUACUGGGGCUUCAUGAACGACUACGCUCGCAACCCAAAGACAGACAUUCACUUCCCGUAUAACAGCUCUCGACGACGCUUUAACUUCCCACCUCCAGUCCCCGGGCUCCCAUCACCGUCCUUCCCGCCUCACGCAGAGCACCCAGGACACCCGCAACUGCACCGCCACGGCAGUUCAGGUCCUCUCCUGGGUUCGUUGGCCUCUCCGCCUCCUCAGCGUGGGACUUUCGGGACCCCUAGAUUCAACGCCCUGGCUCAGAACCACGGCGCGAGUCAAGGCCACGGAGCAGGGUCUCCGCUCCAAUCUCUCCUUCUUGACCCUCAUCACCAGCCAUCAGCAAGCGGCUUUGGCCCGGCGUCGCCUCAAGCGCUGAGGCCUCGCGGUGUCGGUGGCUUACUCGCCAAACCCGCCCGUAGGACUGCGCCUGGCGACCGUGCCCGUGGACUGCACCCCGACGACGUCGCCGAAGAGGAAGAUCAGCCUCCCGAGGAUCUGCAAGCACCCACGUCAACUGCAGAUCGUCCUGCUCCUCCCUCACAAGCACAAGGUUCUUCGGCUCCCGACCCUCCAUCCCAAUCCCACUCGGGUGCCUUGGGAUCCUGGAACUACGAGGUUGAUUCCUCCUCUGGUGCGGAUAGCGAGGAAGAAAACGAACGGGACGUCCGGGCCAUCAUGGCGCCGAUGGGUCCCUUGGGUCUAAUCAGGCAGUUUCAAAAGGCGCAAGCUCAGGAGAGAAACGGCGGUCUAGGCAGGAUUGGAGGUGAAGUGUAA